GGUCUAAACGCAGACUUUCAAUAAAAGACUGCAAAGAAAUUAUUCAGAUCAUCGGGGGGAGAGAGAGAGCCAUGGCCGCUCGAAAGCGAGCUUCAACAGAGUCGUCGGCACAACCCAAACCAAACGAGACCGCCGCACGGACCAAACCCCAGGAACCCACAUUAGCAGAGCCGCCGAUUGCACCACCAAAGUCAGGCCUAAUUCUGAAGCUCGUGCUCUUCUUCUCAGUCCCAUACUUUUACCUCCUCUUCUACCACUACAAGAUCGAACAAGAGCUUCGCAAAUCGAUUCUCAUCAAUGCGGGUCUCAGCCUUGCCGGGUUCUUCGUCACCGUUAAGAUGAUCCCCGUCGCUUCCAGAUACGUUCUCCGGCGCAACCUCUUUGGCUACGAUAUUAACAAGAAGGGUACCCCUCAGGGUACUGUCAAAGUGCCUGAGUCACUGGGUAUUGUUGUUGGAAUUGUCUUCUUGGUCUUGGGAAUCUUGUUUCAGUAUUUUAACUUCACUGCAGAUUCAAAUUGGCUUGUCGAAUACAAUGCAGCAUUAGCAUCCAUAUGCUUUAUGGUAUUGCUUGGAUUUGUAGAUGAUGUUCUUGAUGUACCUUGGAGGGUGAAAUUAGUUCUGCCAUCCGUUGCAGCUCUACCACUGCUGAUGGCCUAUGCUGGACAUACAACUAUUGUCAUACCUAAGCCUCUUGUUCCGUAUACUGGGCUUGAGGUUUUGGACCUAGGAUGGAUUUAUAAACUAUACAUGGGACUUUUGGCGGUUUUCUGCACAAACUCCAUAAAUAUUCAUGCUGGCUUGAAUGGUCUUGAAGUUGGGCAGACGGUUGUUAUUGCAGCUGCUGUUUUAAUACAUAAUAUCAUGCAAAUCGGGGCAUCUGCAGAUUCGGAGUAUAAGAUGGCACAUGCAUUCUCUAUAUAUCUUAUCCAACCCUUAUUAGCCACCUCUUUGGGAUUGCUCUCUUACAACUGGUAUCCUUCUUCAGCUUUUGUUGGAGAUACUUACACAUAUUUUGCUGGGAUGACAAUGGCUGUAGCUGGGAUUUUAGGCCAUUUUAGCGAAACACUCCUGAUUUUCUUUGCACCUCAAGUAUUGAACUUUCUCUUGUCAGUGCCCCAGCUUGCUGGAAUUGUUCCAUGUCCUCGGCAUCGUCUGCCUAGGUUUGAUCCUGAAACUGGACUGCUGACUGGGACAAAGGAUGGGACGGUUGUAAACCUUUUUCUAAGACGAUUUGGCAGGAUGACAGAGAAGUCACUUUGCGUCUCUCUUCUAGUUUUCCAGGCUAUGGCAUGCUGCUUCUGUUUCCUGCUGAGGUAUUUUCUUGCUGGCUGGUACAAAUGAGGUGGAAAAGAUGAAAGUAACUUCGAGCUAAUCAUAUUAACACGCGCAUUUGAUUACCGGGGGUGGAAGCAUGUUGUACCGUAUCAUGUCCUGCAGGCGGGUUGAUGGCAGGGAUGCUAGAGAGAACAUCUUUUGAUUAAAAUACAAAUGACUAGUUUGAAGUUUUGACAUCCUUAAGAUGGUUGAUUCCAACUUAUAUUUGUUUAUAGUAUCUUAAACAAAGAGGAGUGUUAAAUUUAGACAUACAAAAUUUGUAUUUUUGGCACUUGAAGUUCAGGAUGAGAAAAUCAAACUUCACUCGAAGUUUAUUCG